AGUCUUAGAAAACCCUUAGAGGCUUAGACCCAUCUCCUCUAAAAUCAGGGUCCCCUCAAUCAAAAAACUUCUUCUUGUUCUGUUGUGUCCAUAUGUUAUAUUUUAUUUUAUGAUAUACAUAGAAGCUUGUUCUUCUGAUCUAAUUUUAUGAGAUCAAGUGCUACUUGAUCCGUUUGUUUUGAAGAAGAUCAUCGCCUGUUUUUGGUUAACUGUUUAAUCCAAAUCCAGUUUCAUUUUACGUGAUCCGUUAAAUCUGAAUGGAAGCUGUUUUGACGCCUCACGCGACGGCACAAAAACAACCGUUUGCUCCUAACAAGAACAUCAGAAUGAAAACCCCGAAGAAAAACGGACGAGGUAAUUUCAUUUGUGCUAAUAACCGGUCUGAGAAUUUUGACACGUAUGCAGGUCUCUUGAAUCCUCCUUCACGCGCCAUGUCCUUCUCCUACUCUCACCCGCUCUCAGCUUCUUCACUCUUCACUCAUCACUGUGCUCAACAACCACCUCUGCUUCCUCUGCCCCACGUUGUUUCGCCAACUUAUGGUAGCGGACAAGGCCUUGUUGUUGUUGUUAAUAAAAACAAAAACAGGAGCAGAGACAUGUCUCUGACACCUAAGAAAUCGAAACCAACGAAGCGAGAGGAAGCGAAGAAGAGAUCGGUGACACAAUCUGAUAACCGCUGGGGACCUGAUCCCAAAGACCUUCCCAAAGUGGUGCUAGGGAUGGGAAACAACCACCACGACGUCGUUUCGGGGGCGGUUUUCAAUCUGGCUCCGCCACCCAGUAGUUUGCCGCUGCCAAAGUUCUCUUUGAGAUCCAAACUCGGUUGCAACGCCGAAACCGCCGCUGGUGGCGUUGAUGACGGAGCAACCAACAAUCUCCGGCGACUUCUGCGCCUCCGGUGAUGCUGUUAAACCUACUUCUCUUUCUCUCCUCGUUGCGUGAUCGAUGGUGCAUGAAUAUGAUGCUAAGUUUGUUGGGUCACGUUACUACUGGUAAUUAUUAUUAUGUGUAAAUAAAAAGGAUCGGCGAGGGUAAUUUGCUGAUUCGGGGUGCCUGCUGAAUAUGCUUUCGUUUUUUUUCUUUUUCCAAAAUAAAAAAAGGUGUGUUUUCUUUUGUUUGUUCAACACUUUUAACUUUUGUGCACCACCUAUGCUUUUUUUUUUUGAAUUGGGGUGCACAGAAACGAUGUGUAGUUCUUUCUAUGUACCAUCAGUUUCGGCUAUCAGUUCCGUGAUCCCUCUGUAUUUAAAUUUUCUUGAUAUUACUACAAAUCUAUUUGCUCUUUUUAUCACA